GUCAAGGUGAAAAAAGAUGAAGUUUCGUAUUAUGACAGGGAGUGGAAGGUUGGCGAUUCUCCUAUUUCUUUCGGUUUUAUUCAGUUUUAAGUUCUGCGCGACGGAAACAUCCACCGAGACUGAGACCGAAAAGGACGUGGACCAAGGAGAAACUAUUCUAGAAGAUUAUCUGGUUUGCCGUACCUGUGGUGCCGAUGCAGCUCUAAGCAAUUUCGUCAUCAGCCAAUUAAGCCCCAAAGCCUUGGUCGCGGCGAACGAGACACUUUUCGGAAAAGAAGUUCUGGUGCAAAUUCUCGAGAAUCCUUUGGGACUGCGCUACGAAGUUGUUACCUCUCGAAGGGCGACGUGCAAGCGGAUCGGCGUCUGGACAAAGUCACACACCUGGUUCCCCGGCUACGCGUGGAAAUUGUGCCUUUGUUCGAGGUGCUCCGCCCAUCUAGGAUGGAUGUUUGAACCGAUCGCCACAGCAACCGACGACCAGUUCUUCCCGACCGAGAAGGGCUUCUAUGUUAUUGUACUUAGUAAUAUCAUCCCAGAGAAGGAAGUGAAAUCUCUCCUGGCAUCUGCAUACACACCAACCGCCCCCGGAACCGACUAGCACCUAUUAACUCCACU